AUGGCCACCUACGCAGUCUUCGGUGCCACUGGCAACUGCGGCAGCUCACUCAUUGAAGUGCUGCUUCCCAUGAAAGAUACAACCAUCCACGCCUACUGUCGAAAUGAAGCCAAACUCAGGUCCAUUUUCCCUGAGGCCGUCGAAACGGGCCGCAUCAAGAUCUUUGAGGGGCAAAUCGACAACGUGGACGUCUUCAAGCAGUGCGUCCGCGGCUCUCGAGCCGUCAUGCUCGCCGUGACCAUGAACGACAACAUCCCGCGCGUUCGGGUGGCGCAGGACACCGCGCGCACGCUGUUGGCGGCGCUCAAGCAGAUACGCGCCGAGGACCCCGCCGCCAAGAUGCCCAAGAUCACGGUUCUGUCGUCGGCCAGUCUCGAGCCGUGGAUGUGUACCAACCUGGCUGGGCCGAUGCACUGGAUAGUGACGCAUGCCAACCCCAACGUCUAUGCCGACCUCCGGGUGCAGGAGAGCUUGCUGCGCGCUGAGGAGUCCUGGCUGACUAGCAUAUUCAUCAAGCCGGGCGGCCUGGUGAAGGACACACGACGCGGCCACAAGCUGAACCUGAAGGAGCAAGAGACGUUUGUGUCCUACCUCGAUUUGGCGGCGGUAAUGGUCGAAGCCACCGACGACCCUGAAAACCGCUACGACAUGCAGGAUGUGAGUGUCAAUAACAUUGGAGGCAGUGCAAAAUUUCCGAAGAAGCUCCCUCUACUGGGUUCUUUGGGAUUUUGCGGCAUUAUUUCCCUUGGCUUCACCCAUAUCUUCUCAUGUUGGGGUGAACUACCGCAUGGGAGGACAGAGAUGGGGACAUCGAGCCUUUUAAGAGGUUGA